UUCUUUUGCUCCUUCUUCCUCCGUAAGAAGCAGCGAUGCAGAUUUUCGUGAAAACCCUAACUGGUAAGACCAUAACCCUCGAGGUCGAGAGCAGUGACACCAUCGACAAUGUCAAGGCCAAGAUUCAAGACAAGGAAGGCAUUCCACCCGAUCAGCAGCGUCUGAUCUUCGCUGGAAAGCAACUCGAAGAUGGCAGAACCUUAGCUGAUUACAACAUUCAAAAGGAGUCGACGCUUCAUCUCGUGCUGAGACUUCGUGGGGGUAUCAUAGAGCCUUCCUUGAUGGCUUUGGCUCGCAAAUACAAUCAGGACAAGACCAUUUGCCGCAAAUGCUACGCUCGUCUGCAUCCAAGGGCUGUAAAUUGCCGGAAAAAGAAGUGCGGCCAUAGCAAUCAGUUGAGGCCAAAGAAGAAGAUCAAGUAAAUUAUGGCUGAUAUUUUUCAUCUCUUGUUGUGGGGACUCAGGGCCAGUUCAUUUACAUCGUCACAAUUGAUCAAUAUCUCUAGUAUGGUGUUAACCAAUGUUUAAAUGGAUUUGAAUUUAUUUCUGUAGCAUUCAACUAUAAAUACUUUUAUGAAGACAUUAUGAUCUCUUUUAUGUU